AUGGACCGCUCCAAGAAACCCUCUGCAAUCGGUGUGGGUGCCUCUCUCCCACAGCCUUCCGUCUCCGUCCAGGAUGGCAUUAUCGAGGCCAGCCUGCCCUCCGGCGAGUCCGUCACAGUCUACCUGUACGGUGCCACGGUCACCUCAUGGAAGGCGAACGGUGAGGAACAACUAUUUUUGAGCAAGACAGCCCAUUUGGAUGGCUCCAAGCCGAUUCGCGGUGGUAUUCCGCUCGUUUUCCCGGUCUUCGGCCCCCCUCCUCAGAACCACGCCACUUCGUCCCUCCCCCAGCAUGGCUUCGCUCGCAACUCGACUUGGGAGUUCCUCGGAAAGUCCUCCUCGGAAGCCGGCAAGGGAGAUCUGGCCGUCAAGUUGGAUUUCGGUCUAUCCCACACCAUGUUGAGCGAGGAGUUCCGGAAGGCAUGGCCGUACGAGUUUGGACUGGUGUACAGCGUCACUUUGACCAAGGAUGCGCUCCGGACCUCCCUCCAGGUUACAAACGAGGGCAAGGAGAACUUUGAGUUCCAGGUUCUGAUGCACACCUACCUGGCCGUGGAGGACAUCUCCAAUAUUCGCGUCAAGAACCUUGAAUCCAAGACCUACAUCGACAAGACCCGCAACGCAAGCACCCACACCGAAUCCUCUCCUGCCCUGGCCAUCACGGAAGAAACCGAUCGCGUUUACCAAGGUCUAGACCCCGCCAAGCCGAUCGUUGUCUCCUCCGCCUCGGGCGAUCAGCCUCUCUUCUCCAUCACCCGGGAAGCUCUCGGCGAUAUCGUUGUUUGGAACCCUUGGAUUGAGAAGGCCAAGGGCAUGUCCGACUUUGGCCCCGAUGAUGCAUACAAGAACAUGAUCUGUGUUGAGGCUGGCUCUGUUUCUGCUUGGCAGACCCUUGAGGCAGGUGACUCGUGGGAGGGUGGUCAGAGUAUCAAGUCUCGCCUGUGA